CGUUGCACGUAUAACCGGCGAGUAAGAUGGCUGGUUUCUAUAAGUUAAGAUGUACUCUCCUUGGCCAUUCUGAUGAUGUUAGAGCAGUUGCUCCUGCAUAUUAUCCAGAAGGAGGAAUUAUAACAGGAUCGAGGGAUCGUACGAUAAGAUUAUGGACUCCAAAUAAGGAGUUAUUCGAUAUUGAGAACUUAUGCAUCUCCAAUUUAAGUAAUGAAGUCAAUUAUUCAGAAGCUCAUUGCAUGAUUGGAAUGACAAAAUAUGUCUCAAGUGUAUGUGCACUACCUCCAAGUGAUCAAUAUCCUUUUGGACUUAUUCUGGCUGGUUGUAACGAUUGUGCCAUUUAUGGAUUUAGUAUAGAUUCUCCACAGCCAGUGUACAAAUUAUUGGGCCAUGCCGGAACAGUGUGUUCAUUAUCAGCUGGAAAUUAUGGAACUGUUUUGAGUGGUUCUUGGGAUAAGACAGCUAAAAUUUGGCUAGGGCAACAAUGUACAGUAACAUUAGAGGGUCAUCAAGCUGCAGUAUGGGCAGUUCAGAUAUUACCUGAACAAGGACUUAUGUUAACAGCUUCAGCAGAUAAAACAAUUAGAAUGUGGCGUUCAGGAAAAUGUGAAAAGAUUUUUACAGGUCAUACAGAUUGUGUACGUGGAUUAGCUGUAUUGUCAACAAGGGAAUUUUUAUCUUGUUCUAGUGAUGCAACUAUUCGUCAUUGGCAUAUAACAGGAGAAUGUUUAAAUAUAUAUUAUGGUCAUACCAAUUAUAUUUAUAGUAUAUGUGUCAUGCCUGGAAAUGAAGGUUUUGUCACUUGUGGUGAGGAUAGAACAGUUAGAUUAUGGCGAGAUGGUGAAUGUUAUCAAGUUAUGAGACUUCCAGCCAAUUCUGUUUGGGCUGUUGCAUGCCUUCAAAAUGGUGACAUUGUAGCUGGUGCAAGUGAUGGAACAGCAAGAAUAUUUACACACCAUAGUGAACUCCAAGCUAGUCCUGAAGAACAGUUACGAUUAGAAGAUGAAGUUUCUAAAAGUAUACUACCAGCUCAGGAACUAGAUUUAAAAUUAGACUCAAUACUAGAAAAAGAUGUUUUGAAUGAACCAGGAAAGAAAAAUGGUCAGGUUGUAAUAGUGCGUGAAGGAUCAGAAAUAACAGCUCAUCAAUGGAAUGCUCCAGAAGGAAAAUGGGUUAAAGUAGGAGAUGUUGUUGGUGCAAGUGGAAGUGCUAAUAAAAUUGUAUAUGAAGGAGAGGAAUAUGAUUAUGUUUUUGAUGUGGAACUAGAACAAGGAAAAUCUUUAAAACUGCCAUACAAUGUGACUGAUGAUCCAUGGCAAACUGCCCAGCAGUUUAUUCAUAAGCAUGAUCUUAGUCAGUUGUUCCUUGAUCAGACAGCUAAUUUUAUUAUUAACAAUACUAGAGGAAUUACAUUAGGUCAAAUGACACCUAUAGACUCUGAUCCAUUUACAGGUGGUUCUAGAUAUUUACCAGGAACAGUCCAAUCUCCAUUGUCUCCAAAUGGUACUGAUCCUUUUACAGGUCAGAAACGAUAUCAAACUGAAACUGCUGGUGAUUGCCAAAAGGGUGAUAAAAUGACUAUUGAAGAUACAGUAAAAAAUACAUAUUUUCCUCAGGCUGAAUUUGUCAAGUUUGAUUUAGCUAAUAUAGAUGGAAUAACAAGUAAAAUGAAGGAGUUUAAUAAUAAAGUACCUGUUGAGCAACAGUUGGCAGAUGAUGAAUUAACUGAAUUAUUACAACUUAUUCAACCUUCCAAAGAACCUACUAAUCAACAGAUGGCUUCACUGGAAAAAAUAAUUCAUUGGCCAAAAGAAAUGGUGUUUCCAGGAUUAGAUAUUUUGCGUUUAGCUGUUCGUGAAAUAAAUGUAAAUAGAAGAGUAUGUGAAGCUGCAGGGAUGCAGUUGAUUAAUCAUCUUCUUACUUUUUUAUUUCCUGAAAGUCAGCCAGCAAAUAAAAUGCUUGCUCUUCGAACAUUAUCUAAUUUAUUUACACAUCCUCCCGGAGAAAAAUUAUUAGCUAGUCAAAGAGAAAGAAUUUUAAAUUUUGCUUCCCAUUGUUCUGCAUCAGACAAUAAAAACGUUCAGAUCUCUUUAGCAACCUUAUAUCUCAAUUAUGCUGUCUUACUUCAAAAUUCUACGAUAGAAAUCAAAUCUCAGUGCUUAAAUAGAAUAUUUCAAGCGUUGUCUAAUUACAAUGAUAGUGAAGCACAGUUUAGGCUUCUAGUGAGCUUAGGAACUUUUAUAUGGAAGGACGAACCUGCAAUUAAUUACGCGAAAUUAUUAGAUUUUCCAGCAUAUGUAGAAAAAAUGACAGAAGUUAAAGAUCCCUCAAAGGUAGGUUUAUGUGCAGAAUAUCUAUUGUCUGUUUUCUAUACCAUCAAUUAAAAGUGCGUUUAAAAGCAUCAUAACUGUUAAAUAAUUGAAUUGCAAUUGAUGCUGUAACUCGAUAUGUUAACAUAUCUGUGAUGUAAAACUGUUGUUUUGAAUUAACAUUGCAGUGUGUCUAAUACUUGGUAUUAGAAACAGAAUUUUCAUGAAGUUGGCUAAUAGAUUACUUGGGUCCAAAUGUUAUUUUAUAUAGUAUUUGAAAUUUAAAUUAAAUCUUUACAUUAAGAAGUAAAUUUAUAUUAUACACUUCUAGGAAUCAUAAAUUAUCGAACAACUACUCUGUGAUAAUAAUGCCUAAAUUCACAUAUUAUCUUCUUUAUGAAGAAAUAUGUGGUACUCAAAGUUAAAGCCAACUUCAUUAUUAUUAAAAGGGUGGAUAUUUAAAUAAAUAAACUCAUCAGCAUAUCAAAUAUUUGAAUAUAAUUAUUACGGAAAUUCUUCCAACAACUAAGGAUAUUGCUGAUAAUCAAUGAAGUUUUUUUGCUUACUUUAUGUAUGAUGAUUUUUUAAUAAAGUAUUUUGAAUUAAAUGUAAAUUAUAUACAUAUAUAUAUUGAGUGAAUAUUCAAAUUGUAAGAUAUAUUUUUCAAAUGUGAUUAGUGAGUUUGUAUACUGUUGAUUGUCAAUGUGCUUAAAAUUUACUUAGAAUGUUU